AUAAGAAAUAUUGUGAAAAUCACAGCCACCACAGCGCGCGACCUUUAAAGUUAGAAAAAAUACAAAAAAAUAAUGAUAAACAUAUUAUAAUACAUUAUAUAUUUUUUUAAUGAUUGCGAUAUUGCAUAAAUACUAUUGAAACCGAAUUGGACUAGUAAAAAUGUGUUGCUAGUACGCGUCAUGUGAAUAUGAGAAAAACGGCGAUCCGUCGUUUUUAACUUGUUUUUUUUUUUUUUAUAUAUAUUCUGUUCUUGAACUCAAAGUCCGAAUUAAAACGUUUCAAUAAACCUUCACACAAAUAACAGUGAUUUGUGAUAUCAGAAACCAAUUGUUAUGGGUAACACCAGUGGAAGCCAACGGCACAAAUCAGCGGGUUUGAUCGUUCCGUCUUCGCCGACUAAGGAAGUACAAAGUCAAGCGUUUGUGUUUGAUAAAAAUUUAGAUCCGAACGCGUUGCACGAAACAAAACCGUUGUUUACAAAAACUGCACCCAAGUCGAAUGACGAUGAUUUUACCGACGGCAUACCGAGAUCGUUGUCUGCAAAUGAUACCGAAAAUAAAAUGUUACCGACAGUGUUCAGAUGGGAAGGUGGAGGCAAACAAGUAUUCAUCAGCGGUACUUUUUCUGAAUGGAAACCCAUUCCAAUGGUUCAAAGUCACAACGAUUUCGUAACUAUAAUUGAUUUACCCGAGGGCGAACAUCAGUAUAAAUUUUGUGUUGACGGAAGCUGGCGUUGUGAUCCUAAAGUUUCGAUGAUUGACGGCGAUCCAGGCAUAACUAAUAAUAAGGUGGUAGUGAGAAAAACCGAUUUUGAAGUGUUUCAAGCGUUGGAUGUCGAUUCGAUUGGUGAAAACGGCAACGAAAAAAGUGGAUUUUCCCAAGACAUUCCUUCUUCGGUACCUUGGCAAAAAGUCUCCGGCCCUCCGAUAUUACCUCCACAUCUGUUGCAAGUGAUACUGAACAAGGACACUCCGUUAUCGUGCGAACCGACACUCCUUCCUGAACCCAAUCACGUGAUGUUAAACCAUUUGUACGCUCUUUCGAUCAAAGACGGAGUUAUGGUAUUGAGUGCAACACACCGUUACCGAAAAAAAUACGUUACCACACUAUUGUACAAACCAAUUUGAUUAUG